AAAAGAGCCGCUUAAGGGCGCUUGUGCUGACCCCUUGCACUAGGCGCCCACCUGCGGCACAAGGCCCCUUCUGAGCCAGAGCACCAGGAAGGGGGUAACAAGCCGCAGUCAGGGCACAGCAGCUGGCUACAGCCAGAGCCACCCACACUUCCUAGCAGCUGGGGAAACCCCCUCGGCCUGUUCUCGGCUGUGACCCACCGCCAACCUCUCCCCUGAAGCAGGCCCGGGGGGAGUAGGAGGGGACUGCACCCGUCGCUCCCCAAAUCAUCCACGGCUCUCGCAGCAGACCCUGGGCGAGGCCGGCGCACCUCCGACCGCCGGGGCUUCCCCACCAUGCCGCGGCAGCCACCGGGAGACCCCUCCCCCCGCGGGCUCCCAGGCUCUGGAAACCCCCAGCGCCCCGCAGCGCAGCAUCCCGCGGCCGGUCACCGCCCCGGCCUGGAGCUGCGGCCCGUGGGCCCGGACGGGGGAGGAGCCUGGGCGGGGCGCGUGAGGGGCUGGGGAAACUCCCCGCGCCCAGCCCGGCUUGACAGGCUCGCUGGAGGCAGCGGCGCGUUUCCGCGGGAGGACGCGGCUGGAGCCAGCAGCGGGGACUCAGCCUCUCGCCCGGCUUCCUGGAGCGGCAGGAUGAAAGACCGGUUAAGUGAACUGUAUGAGUUAGCUAGGCUUUAUAACCAACAGUUUCCUAACAAUGAGGAUGAUGAGAGUUUACCUCAUGAAACCCUCCUGUUUGAGACUGAUUAUGCCCUUGCAGCUCUUUACAAAGAUAUCCAGAGUAUCAGAACAGACAACCUCCACCUGAAAGAGGAUGUCAGACGGCUAGGUAAACAAAAUAAUCGCUUUCUUACCUCCAUGCGGCGUCUUAGUAGUAUCAAACGAGAUACUAACAGCAUCGCCAAAGACAUCAAGGCCCGUGGAGAAGGCAUCCACAGGAAACUCCAGACAAUGAAAGACUUCAACGAAGAUGCAGAAACAAAACAUGGCACGAUGUCUGUCAUAACCCGUGUAUCGAAGAAUCACUAUGUUGACCUCAUGCAUGCCUUUCAGGAAGCCAUGUUUGAGUACAAUGAGGCAGAGAUGAACCAGCGGGAGAACUGCAAGAUUCGGAUCCAGAGACAGCUGGAGAUCAUGGGCAAGGAUGUUUCUGGAAACCAGAUUGAAGACAUGAUCGAGCAAGGCAAGUGGGACGUUUUCUCUGAGAAUCUCCUGUCUGAUGUCAGAGGGGCUCGUGCAGCGUUGAAUGAGAUAGAGACGCGACACAAAGAGUUGAUGAAGUUGGAGACUCGCAUCAGGGAGGUCCAUGAGCUCUUUCUGCAGGUGGCACUACUGGUGGAGCAACAGGCUGACACCUUUGACAUCAUUCAACUGAAUGUGGAAAAAGUUGAGGACUAUGUCGGAGAGGCUAAAUGUCAGGUGAGGAAAGCUCUGGAAUACAGGAGGAAACACCCUUGUCGAACACUCCUCUGCUGUUGCUUUUCAUGCUGCAAAAGAUGAUUCUCCUACUCAAGCCAUUACAGACCAACUUGAAUGUGCCCUAAGACUGUACAGUUGAAAUAGUGCUUUUAAAAUGGGCUACUCUUUGGAACAGGGUUGGUUGUGGGAGGUUGGGGUGGUUACCCCUUGUCUUAGAUGGAGAUCCCUUAAGCACAUUUAUGUGCUAAUGAAAGCCAAAUGUUGCUUUCAAAUCACUUUUUUAUUAUCUUAAAAAAAUCAAGCCUAACCUAUUUGACUGUAAUCAAGGCUAGAGUGCUUAAGAGAGCCUCAUAAAAUGAUACAUGCUCCAAUCUGACACCACCUAGUUUAAAGAAUGAAUGAAAGGCUCAUAGCUUCCUGAAUGAAGGAUGAGUGUUGGUGUACCAUGAGGUGGCUAUUUUCUAUCUUCCACAGUGAGACUGCAUGGGGUUCAGCUCUAUUGCUGUAGUGAAGUAAUUCUGUGGUGCUUUGUAAGUUUGCCUACCUUUAGGAAACUUGGAGCACACAUGAUGCAAUCCUUGAGCAAUUCAUUGCCACAUUCAUUUGAAGAAACAGUAAGUCUGUUAAACUAUUAACAGAAAAUAUAGAAUUAGUUUCUUAAACCUUCUUUUUUACACAAGGAGCUUGAUUCUGAUCUCUCACUGGUUUUACACCAGUGGAACUCCUUUGAAAUGAAUGAAGUGAAUUUUGAUCCAUUCCAGUGUAGAUAAGAUCACUCGGUCCCAAGAAGUGGUCAUUCCUUCUCCCCCCGCCCACCCCAAAUCCCUUUAAUCAUUGUGAACACACCUGGUCAAAAUUCUGGUAACAGGAAACACUGAAAAAUUAAGACCUCUCCAACUGAUUCUUUACUUUAGUCAUUAAAGAACAUUAAAUAGAGUAUUUAAAGUUUGUAAUGUAGUCUGCUGGAGGACUGAAAAUGGUCAUGGCAAACUUUUCAAAGAUUUUUAGCCCUGUAAAUAAAAUUAAUGCAACUAUCUCCUCUCAAAUGUGAUGGAGGGCAAAUGCAACAUUUUAGAGAUUCACAUGCUCACAAAUUGGAAGUUGUAGUGACAGAUUUACCUUGUAAAUAGAUGCUUAUUUUUGUAAGAAAAUGUAUUGAUAUAUUGUUUGUAUAUGUUAACAUGAAGGUAUUAAUAACAAUGUUUACUCUGGUUAGUAUAUGAAGACUGGUGGGGCGUCUUGUGCCUCUGGGACAACUGCACAUUGAAAAGAGAAUAGACCCCUUUAUUCAAUACUUCUGUAUGAACCAACAUUUUGGAGUCAAAAUGACUUCCUUUUAUUGGAUUUGAAAAGUUUUCCCUCCUUCUAAAACCUUCUCUGACCAUAUUAGGUUUGGACAAAAAGGGAGGAAGAGAAAUUUAAGGCCAAAUUUUGCAGUCAUUAAUUGAUUACAGUUCCCAUUGGUUUCACUUGAUUGAGAGAUGAAGAAUUUGGCCCUUCCUUUUGAAUAUGCACAAUAUUCCAACUACAGUAUUUCUAAGCAGCUUUCUGCUACAUUGUGAUUUAUUGGUACUUUGAACUCAUACAAGACUUUUUUUUUCCAGAAGUUAGUGACGUCAAAGAUCUUCUGUUUAACUUAUCCCCCUUUUUUUGUCCUUUUUAAUAAUAUAUUUUAACAUUUCACAUUUGUAUUUUGGUGAUUUCCUGCCUAGUUGCACCCAGCUAUCCUUUUGCACCCUUCAUAAUGAAAGGUUUCUUUCUCUCUUUUGCACACUAAAUGUAUAUUGUAACAUUUUUUAAUUACUUAUAAAACAAUAAGGCCUUGCAAAAACAAAUUGAUACUCACUUCUAAGCUUUCUUUGCCUAGCAAGAAAAUGUUUCUUGCUGGUCAGGCUUGCCACAUGGAGGAUGAGAGAGUUAAAUGAACUGUGGACAAGAACUUUUUUUUCUCAAGUUGAAAGUCACUUUGCUUUGAAUUAAAUAUUAUAUGAAGCACCUAUGUCUGUAUUUUCAUGUGUUCAUUAGUUAGAAUUUAUGUAGGGGACAAAUGAGCCUCAAACAAGAGGGUGUUUGUGGUAUACAGUGAAGUCUUGAAGCCAUCAGUGUUAGAUUUGCUUGGGGAAAUUCAAACAAUUCAAAUCUGAACUGCAAGGGGGAAGAGAAUGGGAUGUGAAAUGCACUGGCUGGCACCCAUUACUAAUAUUUAAGAGCUGUUGUCAUGUUGAGUAGCACCUUACUCCAUAAGUAGUCCUAAUCACGUCUGUGAGACUGUUCCUGAAGAAAGGUACAUGUGCAUGAGGAUAUCAGAAUCUGGACUUAAAACAGGCCACAAAAACCUCAAUCUAUUUGCUCUGUAUAUUGUAGCUUUUUCCUCCCCCUUUUAUGAUAGUUAUGUAAAUGUUCUAAUUAUGUUUUCUGUACAUGUAUCUAGAAAUGCAAUAAAAGUAUCUCAGCAUAAUGGUAAAGAUACAUAGUCACACCUUGAAUCAGCAGGUCCAAAUAGUUUCUUGCACAUUGAUGUUCUGUAGAACUUGGAAAAAGUCACAUUACCAAACUAUCUAUCCCUCUUUCAUCAACUCACACAUGUGCCUGAAACAUCAAUGUGAAAAAAAGUUCUAUUGUUCCCUUCCACUGUACUUCACACCAUGUUUUUUCAGAAGAUCUUAAACAUUCAUCCAUUGCAGGAAGUACAAAUUAAAUCCAGCAGUUCUGAGAGAUCCUUAAGAUCAUAUUUAAAACAUCACAUUGUGAAUAUCCAUUCUAAUGCUGCAUCCUCAGUGGCACACAGGAAAAGGAACUGAGAUAAGCAAGAAGAAGAAACCGAUUUUGAAACAAGAAAAUAAU